GACCACCCCAGAGGCCGCCCCAUUAGCUCGCUUGCUUUGGGCGACGUCGCUCCCACGGCGCCCAGGGUACCCCGGCCGCUGUCUGCCUGUCUUCCUCCAUUACCGCGCAGGCUUGGCCACCGCAUUAAGGCAUUCCCGCUCUCCGCGGAACUGCUCUGCCGUCUCGGCGGUGAAAGUGUGAGAGGGUCAGUAGUUGGGUCAACUUUGACUCCUCUCGCCCGCCCGGAUCCUUAAGGGCCUCCUUGUCCUCCCGGGCUCCGGUCGCUGCCGGGUCUGUGCGCAGGUCCGCGUCCGUCCUCGCUCUGCCAUGGGCGCCUCCAGCUCCUCCGCGCUGGCCCGCCUCGGCCUCCCAGCCCGGCCCUGGCCCAGGUGGCUCGGGGUCGCCGCGCUAGGACUGGCCGCCGUGGCCCUGGGGACUGUCGCCUGGCGCCGAGCAUGGCCCAGGCGGCGCCGGCGGCUGCAGCAGGUGGGCACCGUGGCGAAGCUCUGGAUCUACCCGGUGAAAUCCUGCAAAGGGGUGCCGGUGAGCGAGGCUGAAUGCACGGCCAUGGGGCUGCGCAGCGGCAACCUGCGGGACAGGUUUUGGCUGGUGAUUAAGGAAGAUGGACACAUGGUCACUGCCCGUCAGGAGCCUCGCCUCGUGCUCGUCUCCAUCAUUUAUGAGAACAACUGCCUGAUCUUCAGGGCUCCAGACAUGGACCAGCUGGUUUUGCCUAGCAAGCAGCCUUCCUCAAACAAACUCCACAACUGCAGGAUAUUUGGCCUUGACACUAAAGGCAGAGACUGUGGCAAUGAGGCAGCUAAGUGGUUCACCGACUUCUUGAAAACUGAAGCGUAUAGAUUGGUUCAAUUUGAGACAAACAUGAAGGGAAGAACAUCAAGAAAACUUCUCCCCACUCUUGAUCAGAAUUUCCAGGUGGCCUACCCAGACUACUGCCCACUGCUGAUCAUGACAGAUGCCUCCCUGGUAGAUUUGAAUACCAGGAUGGAGAAGAAAAUGAAAAUGGAGAAUUUCAGGCCAAAUAUUGUGGUGACCGGCUGUGAUGCUUUUGAGGAGGCUUCAGCAACCAGGAGGGAUUGACUGAGAUCUUCACAACAGCAGCAACGAUACAUCAGCAAAUCCUUAUUAUCCAGCCUUCAACUAUCUUUACCCUGGAAAACAAUCUCGAUUUUUGACUUUUCAGAGUUGGGUAUGCUCCAGGUUAAUGCAAGGAAAGUAUUAGAGGUGGGAAUAUGAAAGUAUAUAUAUAAAUUUUAGGUACUGAAGGCUUUAAAAAUAAUUAAGAUCAUCAAAAAUGCUAUUUUGAAUGUUAUCAUGGCUAUUACACUUUUACUUCCUGACUUUAAUAUUGAUGAAUAAAGCAAGUUUAAUGAAUCAACUAAAAAGCUGCAAAAAUGUUUUUAAAAUGUGUGCCUUUUAUUACCUAUCAGUCUAUGUUUUGGGAGAAAUGGGAAGCAACAGAUCACUGUGUCCUGAUGUGCAGGACGCAUGUUACCACACUCACAAAUGCCUAAUAUUGGUCUUUACGUGGCCAUUGAGUCCUGUUGACUUUCCACUCAUGUGCUUUUUACUCUAGCAUUGUGGAAUCUGGGCUGUACUUGAGUAUGGAAAUUCUCUUAUAGACUUAGUUUUAGUACUCUAUUACACCUUUACUAAGCCACAUAAAAGUAAUCUGUUUGUGUGUAACUGCCAGAUAUACCACCUGGAAUUCCAAGUAAGAUAAAGAAGAGGAUGACAUUUAAAAGAGAAUGGAAUUUUGAGAGUAGAAGUGCAAGGAAGACAGCAUGAACAUAUUUUUUUCAGUGCAAAUAAUUUUUUUGUAACAAAGAAACGAACAACUUUGGUAUGAUCUUAAGCAAAAAUACUCACUGAAAUAGUAUGUGGAUGAAUUCACCUACUUACAAUUGUAUGGUUUCUUUGUAAAUAAUAAAUAUGAAUCUCAAUCCUGCUUUA